CACGUGAGCGGAAGUGUGUGACGUGAUCAAAACACUGUGUUGAAGCAGUGGGUGACAGCAAGUCCCCGUCUGUGGUAUGACUAAAUUGCAACUGAAUGGUCAGAGUACCGCAUUUUAUUUAAACACAGCCGUUGCCCAUGUUUGCAUGCGUUAGUUAUACAUCGAACGAAGCCUAACGUGUUUCCGUCUUGAAGGAAAUCGUAUCCGAGCAUCAUGGUGGAGCAGUCGGAUCGCGCUCCGCUCCUGGACUGGGAGGAGGUUCCCCCGCCCGAACCGGCUCCGACAGUUCCGUCUCCAGUGGAGGAAAACAAUUUGCGGUCCAGUCCGUCUAAUUGCCUGCCCGCGGACAACACCACUCCCGGGGCUGGGUGGAGUACCAGUCCCGGGGCUCCAACGGGUGUAGCAGCUGUUACUAGCAGGGACUCGAGCUCGCCAUCCAAGCACAGUGCACAGUGGGUUGUUGAGAGCACAGAUGAACUGGACAGUACGUUCCCAGGACUGUCUUUGAAAGACCAUACAGUGACCGGAUGGGAGGAAAAGGAUCAAAUUGUCUCCGUGUUUGUCGUCACGUUUGACACCAGAUCAGGUAACAUGGUGGAGUGGUGCCUUCCUCAGGAUAUUAACUUAGACGGGGUGGAGUUCAAAUCCAUGGCCAGCGGCUCCCACAGAGUCGCCAACGACUUCAUAUACUUCCGGAAGGACUCGUACUUCGGGCUGGCAUGCUUCGCCAACAUGCCAGUGGAGAGUGAGCUGGAGAGAGGGGCAAGGAUGAAAUCAGUCGGAAUUCUGUCCCCCUCAUAUACCCUCCUCUACCGCUACAUGCAUUUUCUGGAGAACCAGGUUCGGCACCAGCUGCAGUGUCCUGGGCAGUACUCUCCUCUGGAGGCCUUUUAUGAGGACAAGAAGGCUAUUCUUCCUCCAGGUGGAAAUGGCUUAGUCACUUCCUGUCCCACCAGCUCACUCACUACCAUUGUCAACCGCUGUAUGCAUCCUGAGAUGAAGAUCACCCACCCAGCAGGAUGCAUGUCUCAGUUCAUCCGGUUCUUUGGGGAGCAGAUUAUGGUACUGUGGAAGUUCGCUCUGCUCAGGAAACGCAUCCUCAUCUUCUCACCGCCUCCGGUUGGGGUGGUCUGCUAUAGAGUGUACUGCUGCUGUUGCCUUGCCAACGUCUCCAUCCCUGGGAUUGGUGGUUCUGUGGCGGAGCUCCGCCCCUUUUUCUACAUUAACGUGGCUGACAUCACUGCCCUGGAGACAGAGCUGUCAUACGUGGCCUGUACUACGGAGAAGAUCUUUGAGGAGAAGAAGGAUCUGUAUGAUGUGUACAUAGACAACCAGAAUGUGAGGACGCACAGAGAAAGCCUGCAGCCUCUGCUCCGACUCAACAGCGCUGACAAAGAGAAGUACCGCAAACUGAGUGAGCAGAGGCAGUUGCUGCUGUACUCUCAAGAGGUUGAUGGAGAAAGCAGCGCUAAUGAAGAGGACCUCUUCAUCCUGUUCUUCAUGGAGCAAAAUAACCGGAUCUUCCAGACGCUGUGUGAGGUGGCUGGGAGCUCGGAUCCCACGCUGACCACCGAGCAUGUGAGGGCCAUGGGCUUGGACCCACAGGGGGACCGGGGCUUUCUGGUGGACCUGCUGGAGGUGUACGGCAUCGACGUCAUGCUGGUCAUCGACAACCCCUGCUGCCCCUGAGGGGCCACUUGCAGGGGACGGAGUGGUCCUCUCAUCUUUCCUGACAUCUGUUUCUGCCCUGCUUCCUACUUCUCUCUCUUUCUAUCUCUCUCUCUCGUGCACAGUCUCUUGCUCUCUCCCACCCCACUGUGGUGAGGUUGUGUCUUGUCUAUCUUUUUAUCUUUUUUUAAUGUAUGUUUCUUUCCAUACAUUUCUUUCUACUGUCUCCUCUCUCUCUCUCUCUCUCUCUCUCUCUCUCUCUCUCUCUCUUCUCUGACAUCCUCCCCUCACCCUCUGAAUCACAGGCCUGGACAGUGAACACUGCCUGACGCCCCCAGCUCUUCUGUCCAGCGCCUCCUCUCAGGGCUGGGGGAGUAGGGUGCUGAUUCUCACCCUGGACCACUCCCUGAUCUGCAGACCAGCACCAAUACUGCCUGGACCCCCAUGUCCCUGUACUGUCCUGCUGUGCUGUGCUGUGCUGUGAGGCGGUUACACCUGGCAGAUCAGUGCGCUUGCCUGGUUAGUGAGCUGUUGCCCUGGACUAUCAAUCCGCAACCCAGGGACUGAUCCAUCCAUUCCUUAAAUGCUGUCGUGUAUCAGUCCAUCUUUAGCUAUCUGUCAAUCAUCCAUCUUUCUAGCUUCACUGAUGCGGAGUCCUGCUUUGUCACAGUGGGCUGCUGUCUGUCCUCUCCUCAGUCUAGGUCUGUGGUCCCACUCUACCUAGGACUUCAACCAUGAACACACACACACACACACACACACACACACACACACAAACAGACAUAACACCUGUAUACACAGCACAUUGGAAAUACACUGGACGCACACAAUGCAUAUUUACAGUUAUCUGUCAGUACCGCUUGGACACCCGUGCCCCGCAUUUGACGACAGUACCGCUGGAUUCCUUGUGACUGUUGACAUGCAGACCUGAUGCUUUAUUGCGAUUUUGUUGUUCCUCAAUCUGGCCUGCCAUCAUGUAUCCCGUGUGUUGUAUCUACUGUUCAGUCCCUCAGCUCUGUGUUGGCUUUAUCUGUAUUAGAGGUCAGUUGCUCUAGAGUAGCUAUCUCUGGAGAACUAUCUGGAUGGGCCAGGGCCGUGUCAGGGCUGCAUGUGGGCUGUAGCCAUUCCAGUGUUAGGUGCUGUCUGACUACAGUAUGCACACAUUACAUCAGUUUCAGUUCUUUAGUCUUCAGCUCAAAAAGGGAACUACAAGAUUCUCAGUCACUUUCACUUGGCUUUCAGUAGACCGCAUUUGUUUCUUCAAACGGCUGUGAUCAUUGCUGUCGAUUUGACAUCAGUAGGGGUUUUCUCAGGUUGUGUUUUCUUCUGUAGUCUUUCUGCUAAAUAAAAAAAUCAUAGCUGUUAUUCAGUCGGUUUUAUACCAUACAGCUUGCUGGCCUUCAUGUGAAGUUGUGCUGUCUAAAGCUAGAGCCUUCCUGACAGCUGACAGACAAACAGAAAGGAGGGGCAUUACUCCUCGUGGUAUUUCUUCAGUUCUUGCCAGAUUUCCCUCCCCUUUUGUGGAAGCCAUUUUUUAUGAGCAAGGGUUAUGCGGUCCAAAAUGGUGGGAGAUAUUUUGCGUUGAUUGAUGGCUGUAUUUUAAAGGACAUUGUUUACUGGCUAACAUUAAUAUUAGUGUGAUUUGUUGUGUUGCCACCAGUCUACACCAGUGUCCCUUUUUUUCUGAAGACUUAAGGGAAAGCUUUUGUGUUGUUAGGACUUGUGUUAUUUAAUGAUUCUGCUGGACACGAGAUAUGUAUUUUGACACGGAUAUGUGUGAAUUGUUCAACAGUGUGGCUCAUUGCUUUGUGUUUAGUUUUCUGGGAAACCUCCAUGAAUGUGAUUCUAUGACCAUAAUCAACUAAAGCUGCACUACAACAAUCUGAUGUGACAACAUGGAUGUGCUUAUACAUUUUGUGUGUGUUUUUGAAAUUCCUUGGGAGAGACGAUGUCCCACCACUCCUGUGUAGUCUGGGCAGCCAGAUUGUGGUGAUGGUCCGUCCUAAUCAGCAGGUGUCCCUGGUCUGUGCGUGUAUGUGUCUUUGCUGAACUUGGGCUCAUUUUUUGUUUAGUUGAGUUAGAUUGCACCAGAUUUUAGAUGAGACUUGCUAUCGAUCAAGUGUAAUCCUCAGCACAUUUCACUCUAUAGUUAUAGAGGGCCACGUAUUUGUAUGCAUGUAUGUGUGUCUGUGUGUGCGUCUGUCUGUAUUGCUCCUCUCAGCUCCGAAGCAACCCAUAUCUCCCCUCUUCCCUGAACUAAGACUCAUUUGUGUACUGUGAGCUGGUCCCAGUGAUGCGUCUACUGGGGUGGGAGGGUUUGGGGGGGAUUAACCCUCCUGUUCUGUUCAGACAGACCCCAUCUGUUGUGCCCGGGGUCCUCUGCACCCCUCUGGUCAGUGCCUCCUCUUUGCCAUGCCCAGAGAAGGGCCAACCCUCACGGUCCCCACAUCGUGGUUUAUAGACUCUACUCACUUACCGUAGCAAAUCACAAUUAUUGGAAUGGUAAUAUUAAUUUGAAUAUUCUAAUUCAAAUGAAUGAAUCAGUAAAAAGCGACAUCUCUUCAAAACGAGCAAAGACGAUCUGAGAUAACAAACACUUCCUAUGAGAAUUCAUGACUGUAAAUGCUGUGUGUGUGUGUGUUUACGUAGAGUCAGGGCUUCAACAGAAUAGUAGUUAUGUAAGUUCCAAGCUCAAGAGUGAACCGACUUGAUGAUGCAUAAUUAAAUAAUGGUCAUUUUGUGAAUUGGCUUAAAAGACACUCCUUUUUUUUAUAGUUUUGGUUGAUGACCCAAAAUAACCUUUUACUUGGCCUUUCAUAUUUCACCUUUUCUGAUCAGACCAGCUACUUUCCCUUCAAAUUCAUGGUCAGAAAUGUUGGUGGGCCCUAGAUUUGUGGUGUAAGCCUUUAAUUUCAGGCAGCUGUUCUCUCUCAUUAUGACACACCAAUGUUUAGGUAGAAUUUUUUUUUUUCUAAAUUCAACCCCAAACAAUAAAAGGGAUACCUUCUACUGUAAAAACCUUAGUGAUUAAAAAUGAAAUGAACCUGAGGAUGAAUGAAUGAAUCAUGAUGUAUUAUUUUGACUUUGACGAGUGCUGGCACUCGCUGACACAAAAUUUGAAGUGUUCCAGUGAAAUAAAAUCCCUGCUUUGUUUUCAUUGUUCUUCUGCAUUCCAAUAGUUCAAUAAAUAUGUAACACAGCAAUAUUUAAAUGAAUAAUGCUCACCUGUUGCAAUGAGUUUUUGUAAUGAAGGGAGAGUGAAGAUGUGAAAUGGAAAUUUGCUAAUAUCUUUGUCAUGAUUUCUCCUCACUGUGCAUUUUGGCUGGAAUUUAUAAUCUACAACAAAACGCUUUGUACUUCUUUACACGCUUAUAGCCAGCAUUUGGCGUGAUAUUUUCUUUAAGUGUCCAUGUGAAUUUGUGUAUUUCUAAGGACUGAAAAGAGUGGGGAAUGUACUGUACAGUUUGUAAAUAAAUUGCACCAACUGGGAGCCAUAUUUAUGUGUA